AUGCUUGACAGGAGAGACGUCCUUGACCCAAGAGUAGUCUGCAAAGCCAGUGAUCCAAACAACCAAGCCUUCAAGAAACAUCAAGCCGAUGGAUCCGCUUUCUGCUCAACCUACAUCCAAAGUACCACCUCCACAGCCGUAACCCCCAUUGCUCGAACUACUUCAUUCAAAUCGAAAGUCACAACGAUUACUCUAAUCGGCGUCACUACCGUUAGAACCACCACCUUCCUCGUGACCGUGACCACUACGACAAAGACCGAUUUGACUACAGUUACCCAGACGAGCACCGCUCUAGUUACUGACGUUACCACAAAGACACUUACGAACACGGCGACUAAUCGAGUCACUAAUACAAAGUCAGUUCAGGUGGCUGUGACGGAUGUUGAGCAGAUAACUCAGAGGAUUACUAAGGGGGUCACCACGACUGUUACAGUCGAUGUUGAUACAACGGUUACAACAGAUGUUACUGACGCUUCCACCGUUGAUGUUCUGACUACCAUCUCAGCCACGUUUUCUACUUUUGUUACCACCAACUCCUACGGUCGGAGGUCCAUUGUGACGUUAUUGGUUAUGGAGACAGCAACUAUUGGAGUGGAGGAUCUGGUGAAUCCAUCAAAGGUCCUAGCUUCAGUGUAUGCCGGGACUUUUGCUCCAGCGAUUCGGAAGCCGCCAGCUUCAGAUUCAACUCUAACGAGCGCUAGUGCUAGGGCACAGUUACUAACUUCAAUACUAGGAUUGUUGUGGUUACGCCAGAUGCUUCAGCUCCUUGGACAUGGUGUGGAGGUUUCUAUGGCUACCAGUGUGAUUAAACCGGAUGCAGUUACUGUGACCAGUGGAACAACUACUGUUGGGGGUUCUUGA